UCCUCUACUGACUCCUACAACAUGCACUACACCUCAAAGACAAGACAACAAUUUAGACAAGACCAAAAAUGUAUAGAUACAUAGAACACAGUGGUAAGGUUAGAAAGAAUUCUGGUGAUGUGAAGAAACCAAUGCAGACAUAUCUGAGGACUCUGUCCUUUUUUCAAGUUUUGAUAUGUGUGACAAUGAAGAGCAAGGCUGAAAGUGUUUUUACUGGAACAGAGGGAGGCAGUGUGGAGAUCUCCUGUAAAUAUGAAGAUGGAUAUCAAUAUACUCCCUUGUACUUCUGUCGUGAUCCAUGCACUUAUUCUGAUGUCUUAAUUAAAACUGAGAAGGCUGAUAAGGUCUUCUCUAAGGGAAGAUACACUGCAAUAAACAUUGUGUCUGUACAGAGUUUCUCUGUCACCAUCAGUCACCUCAGAUUAAAGGACUCUGGAGUUUAUUACUGUGGAGUGAAUAGAUGGGGAUAUGACAAAUUGAGUAAAGUAAAGAUUACUGUCAGUAAAGUUCCUGUGUCUACACAUGCUCCAGUGUCCACGCAGAAUCAAAGGUCUGAAGUUACAGAGUUUCCAUGUGCCACCACAAUCACAACAGCUAGUGCAGCUUGUUCAACUUUAUAUGAACAAACUUCAUCCACAACUCAAUUUGAACCUUCUGUAAGCUCACAUGGACCGCUGCUUGCUGUUUGUGGAGGAGUGCUGGGCCUAAUACUAUGCUGUGUUCUUGUAACUUUUCUGAUUCUCUACAGGAAAGCACCCACAAGUGUCACAUCCUUGAAACCGCCUGCUUCUGAAAUCCAAAUUUCACAUCCACCACCUGAUCAGGAGGACAUUUUCCAUGUGUAUGAUGAGAUGUUGGCUGUGUAUAGUUUAGCUGGUCCAGCUAGAGGAGCUGAAUCUUCAGCCACCUACAGCACCAUUCAGCUCCCUGCUCCAGCAGAUAAUGAUUUCAAUCCAUACUCUUUUGUAGCUCCUCACUGAAAACAGUUACAGCAUAUUAUAUUUAUGUGGUGCAUAAUAUACAAAGGAAUACCGUAAUACGCAUUUCAUGAAAACAAACUCAAGUUUUCUUUCUUUCUGCUUUUUUUAUUACUGUUUUUUUUACACUCAUAUAUCCAUCAUAUAUUUAAAUAACUAACAAGAUUCGAUUUAGAAUUUGUUAUAUGCACAUUUAGGUAAGGCUGAACUUUCUUAAACAUCCUGUGAUGCUUCCUGUGUGAUGCAUGGAAUAGAUUUUAUUCUGCAUGCACCUAUUGCAUCUAUUGCUUGCUGCAUUCAGUGACAACCCACAAGUCUUGUUUACUAAUGUCUAAGUAAAUGUUCUAUGAUUGCACCUAGAGAAAGAGGCUGAACUGUGAAAUGCUCCAAUGUGAAAUGGUAAAUUUACUGUUUUAAAAAUGGCUUCACUCUGGGUUACACUUUUUACACUUUGACACUACGUAGGUGUCUAAUAUCAAAAGGAUAUAACAAAUCUCAGUAUGU